UUAAUUUGGUGAAGUAAUUUCAAGAGAAAUUUGUUUAUCGUUGAAAAGUGAUUCGAGUAAAAAAUCAAGUGAAAAUGCCAGCAAUCGGAAUUGAUCUGGGCACAACCUACUCCUGUGUUGGUGUAUUCCAGCACGGUAAAGUGGAAAUUAUUGCCAAUGACCAGGGAAAUCGUACAACACCCAGUUACGUUGCCUUCACCGAUUCGGAACGUUUGAUUGGCGAUGCAGCUAAGAAUCAAGUGGCUAUGAAUCCCAAAAAUACGAUUUUCGACGCAAAACGACUCAUUGGACGGAAAUUCGACGACAAGAAAAUCCAAGAGGACAUGAAACAUUGGCCAUUCACAGUGGUGAGCGAAAAUGGAACGCCCAAGAUUGUGGCAGAGUUCAAAGGUGAACGGAAACGAUUUGCACCGGAAGAAAUCAGCUCAAUGGUUCUAACAAAAAUGAAGGAAACGGCUGAGGCAUACCUUGGUGAAUCGGUUCAGAAUGCGGUCAUUACAGUGCCAGCUUACUUCAAUGAUUCCCAGCGACAAGCCACUAAAGAUGCCGGUGUGAUUGCUGGACUCAACGUACUUCGUAUCAUUAAUGAACCGACUGCAGCCGCAUUGGCUUAUGGCUUGGAUAAAAAUCUGAAAGGCGAACGAAAUGUUCUGAUUUUCGAUCUCGGAGGUGGGACUUUUGAUGUAUCCAUUCUGACCAUCGACGAGGGAUCAUUGUUUGAGGUGAAAUCAACAGCCGGAGACACGCAUUUGGGUGGUGAGGACUUCGACAAUCGACUUGUGUCCCAUUUCUGCGAAGAAUUCAAACGAAAGAACAACAAGGAUUUGACUGCCAAUGCAAGAGCCCUUCGACGAUUGAGAACAGCAGCCGAACGGGCUAAACGUACUUUGUCGUCCAGUACGGAAGCUACAAUCGAAAUUGACGCUCUGAUUGACGGCAUUGACUUCUACACGAAAAUCUCGCGUGCCCGUUUCGAAGAGCUGUGCGCUGACCUGUUCCGAUCGACAAUCGAACCGGUGGAAAAGGCUUUGCGAGAUGCAAAAAUGGACAAACGGCAGAUCGACGACAUUGUGAUGGUCGGUGGCUCGACGAGAAUUCCGAAGGUGCAAGCAUUGCUUCAAAACUAUUUCUGCGGCAAGACAUUGAACUUAUCGAUCAAUCCGGAUGAAGCGGUGGCCUAUGGUGCUGCUGUUCAAGCUGCCAUCAUAAACGGUGACCAAGACUCUAAGAUUCAAGACGUACUUUUGGUCGAUGUAGCACCACUUUCACUCGGAAUUGAAACAGCCGGCGGUGUGAUGACGAAAAUCGUUGAGCGAAACUCCCGAAUUCCGUGCAAACAAACGCAAACAUUUACCACGUACUCGGACAACCAACCAGGAGUGUCCAUUCAAGUGUUUGAAGGCGAACGAGCUCUAACCAAAGACAACAAUCUGUUGGGCAAUUUCCAAUUGACUGGAAUACCACCAGCGCCGAGAGGUGUACCGAAAAUUGAAGUCACCUUCAAUAUGGACGCCAAUGGGAUCCUGAAUGUAUCAGCCAAAGAAUUGAGCACCGGCAAAGUCAAUAACAUCACAAUCAAGAACGACAGAGGCAGACUAUCACAAUCCGAAAUCGACCGUAUGUUGGCCGAGGCAGAGCGCUACAAGGAGGAGGAUGAACGACAGCGAGAUAAAAUUGCAGCCAGAAACAAUUUGGAAAGUUACAUCUUUGGCAUUAAGCAAGCCAUUGACGAAUGUGGCGAUAAAUUGAGUGAAGCUGACAAGGCAACGGUUCGUGACAAAUGCAACGAACACAUCAAGUGGCUGGAUGGCAAUUCGUUGGCCGAAAAGGAAGAGUUCGAGGACAGACUGAAGGAGCUAACCAAAGUGUGCAGUCCGAUACUGACGAAAUUACAUGGUGGCAGCCAAUCGACAAGUUGUGGUCAACAGGCUGGUGGUUUUGGUGGUCGAACGGCGGGACCGACUGUUGAAGAAGUAGAUUAAGAUAACUGUAUUAAUGUUAAGAUUAGUGUAAACAAUGACAAAACUAUUUUAUUUGAAUAAAUUUUAAGUUUAAUUUUGAAGACUGAAAA